AUGGAACAGGAAGCUCCGCCGCAGGCCCAGGUAUGUUUAAGCCACGCCCCUAUUUUCAGCAAAUGCCAAGCCACGCCCCCUUUUCCAGGAGCCCCAACAACAACUUGGAUGGCGAAAUUUGCUCUCGGCUUUCGUCAAGCAAAUGCUCUUCUUCUAUUUCGUCUCCUCAACCCUGCGCACCUUUUUCCCGGGAAAUUCGACGACUGAAAAUGGAACCGGAGGUGGAAAUUUGGCGCAAGCCGCAAAUUUCUACCAAAAUGGACAAUUUUUCGAUGUUUGGAUGUUUUUGGAUGAAAAGGUUGUGGAUUUUGGAGCAUUUUGAGCUCCGACACGCCUAUUUUUGCAAUUUUGCGGCAUGGUUUUUUCGGGGAGAAAUAAGUGUGCCGCAAAAUUGCUUCUAAUAGUGAAAAACCUGCCUGAACCUUGAAAUUUCAGCAAAAUUUGGAUGAAAAUCGAAAAAUUGCUGAAAUUUCCGGGUUCUCGCGCAGGCAAAUCUAUCGCCAAUUUUUUUUUUGCAAUUUUGCGGCUUGUUUUUUUUUGUGGAGAAAAAGAUGUGCCUCAAAAUUGCUUCUUAUAGUGAAAAAUUCCAAAAUUAAUCCGAGAAUCAACAAAUAUUUGAAAAAUUGCCUGAACCUUGAAAUUUCAGCAAAAUUUGGAUUUUUCUUUCUGAAAAUCGAAAAAUUGCUGAAAUUUCAGAGUUCUCGCGCAGAGAAAUCUAUCGCCAAUUUUUGAAUUGGAAAAUGGACCUAAAAUUGGCCCAGGAAGCCUGAAAAUGGCCUAGAAAACAGAUUUUUCAAGUCAUAAGCUUGAAAUUAGUCUAGAAGUUCAAAAAUUACCCAAAAAAUCAAUUAACAUCUGAAAAUCUGCCUGAACCUUGAAAUUUCUGCAAUUUUCGUCAGAAUUUCAGUCAAAACUUGGAUUUUUGACUGAAAAUCGAAAAAUUGCUGAAAUUUCCGGGUUCUCGCGCAGGCAAAUCUAUCGCCGAUUUUUUUUUUGACAAAAAAUGGCUGAAAAAUUGAUUUUCGAAGUUUCUAGACCUGAAGUUCAUGAAAAAUUCCAUUUUUCAAUCUGAAAAUAGUCUAGAACUCGAUUUUUCAAGUUUCUAGAUCUAAAAUUAAUGAAAAAUCUGCAAAUUUUCCAGCCCACCCCAUUCACCGAUUUUUCGAACCCCGAAAAACUGUUCGCCUCUCAAUUCUCCAUCGAAUACGGCAACUGGGAAACCGGCGCCACCAAAGAUGCCACGUGGAUUUUCGCCAAAACCCUCCCAACACCCGCAAGUCUCCACGCAAAUCAAUCGAUAUUCCUGCACGUUUUCAUAGUGCGAAGCGGUCAAAACCUAGCUACAGUACUCCCGGACGAUUUGAUCUACGCGAAUUAUCGAUUGAACAAGUUCAAGAAGCGACACUUUAAAAAGACGGUGAAUUUGUUGACGGGAGAGAGUGCGGAAACCGUGGAGACGCAGAGAAAACUGGAGCAAGGAGUGGAUUUUGAGGUGUUGAAUCAUUGGCAUCCGAAUAUUUCGGUGAAUUUGGUGUACGAUCAAUCGAUGUGGGCAAAAGGUGGGAGAAAAUGGGCGGAGCUUGAAAUUUGGAGCAUUUUGAUAUCAAAAAGUGUGCCAGACUUGCAGAAAUGGGCGGAGCUUGAAAUUUGGAGCAUUUUGAUAUAAAAAAGUGUGCCAGAUUUGCGAAAAUGGGCGGGACUUGAGAUUUGGAGCAUUUUGAUACCAAAAAGUGUGCCAGAUUUGCGAAAAGGGGCGGAGCUUGAAAUUUGGAGCAUUUUGAUAUCAAAAAGUGUGCCAGACUUGCAGAAAUGGGCGGGGCUUAAAGAAUUUCAAGAAAAAACGUGUCAGGCUAAAAAUGAUGGUAAAAAUGGGCGUGGCUCAUAAAUUAUCGAUUUUUCCAGGCUCGCUACCCUCUCCAAUGGACGAAGAUCUGAAAUUCAACAGAAUAGCUACCGUAUACCGACCGCCCAUGAUUUUCAACAAUUAUUGGAAUCUGGGCGCCGAAUAUUUUCCCAUCAAUUCUACAGUACCCCAAAUCAACCUAACUGUCACAUUCUAUCCGCUGAGUUUGAUGAAAUAUCAAAUGUAUUCUAGUCAGAGGGUGAGAUUUUGACUGAAAAUCUGAAAUUUUCAGCCGAAAAAUGUCUGGAAAAAAAAUUUCAGGUCCAACAAAAAUGGAAAGCCUAUUUGCCCAAAGAUGUCGAAGAGGAAGACGAUGAUAGUCAGGAUUCGAUUAAACAAGCACUUUUGGACACGAAUCCGGUGCUUUUGGGUAAGCCUAAGAUCUAGGCCUAGUUUGGCCUGAAAAUAUAAAAAAUUUGAACCUAAACCUGCCUGAACCUUGAAAUUUCAGCAAUUUUUGUAUGAAUUUCAGUCAGAACGUGGAUUUUUGACUGAAAAUCGAAAAAUUUCUGAAAUUUUUAGGUUCUCGCGCAGGGAAAUCUAUCGCCAAUUUUUUUUUUGGAAAAUAUGCCUGAAAUUGGUCUAGGGAGCCUGAAAAUGGCCGAGAAGCCCAGAAAAUAAUCUGGAAAACAGAUUUUUCUGGUUUAUAAGCUUGAAAUUGGUCUAGAAGUUCAAAAAUUAUCCAAAAUUCAAUAAAUAUCCGAAAGCCUGCCUGAACCUUGAAAUUUCAUAAAUUUUCAUAUAAUUUUCAAUCAAAACUUGGAUUUUUGACUGAAAAUCGAGAAAUUGCUGAAAUUUCCAGGUUCUCGCGCAGGGAAAUCUAUCGUCAAUUUUUUUUUUGAAAAAUUUGGUUUAAAAAUUCUCUUUUUAAGUUCCUGAAAUUUAAAAUUGAUGAAAAUUCUCAAAUUUUGAUAUAGAAGUUCAAAAAUUACCCAAGAAUCAAUAAAUAUUUGAAAUCCUGCCUGAACCUUGAAAUUUCAUCAAUUUUCAAUCAAAACGUGAAUUUUUGACUGAAAAUCAUAAAAUUGGUGAAAUUUCCGGGUUCUCGCGCAGGGAAAUCUAUCGCCAAUUUUUUUUUGCAAAAAAAAAAUCCAUAAAAUCGAUUUUUGAAGUUUCUAGGGCUAAAGUUUGUCAAAAAUUGUGAUUUUUUUGUUCAAAAAUGACUUGAAGUCGAUUUUUCAAGUUCCUGGGCUUAAAAUUGAUGAAAAUCCUGAAAUGUUGGUCUGGAAAGACUAUUUUCAAGCUCGAAAGCCUGAAAUUAAUGAAAAACCCCGAUUUUUUAUCUAAAUAUCGAUUUUAUUAGUUCCUGAAAUAAAAAUUGAUGAACAUUUUCAAAUUUUGAUAUAGAAAACCUAUUUUCAAGGUUCUGAGCAUAAAUUUAAUGAGAAAUCUCAAUUUCUGGAGCAGAAAUUAAUUUUUCAAAGUUCUUACAAGGGAACCUUUUUUACUCAACACUUCAAAUCAUGAUGAAAUAUGGUUUAUGGACAGCUUUUGGGGCCAUAAGAACACCCUAAAAAUUUUAGUCUCCCAAUGGACCUCUGAGCCAAGUUCUGGGCUCUCAAAAACUCAAAAAAGGCCUAAAAAUGGUCAUAAAAGUCUUCAUAGCUCCAUUUCAAAAUUUUUUUCGGUGGAAAUGAAGUUUCAGAUAUUGAUCAGCAUAGUCGAUUUACUAAAAGUACAUCAAUAAAAAACUUUAUUUAGAAAAAUUUUGAAGUUUUUUAUUUUUGGGCUGAAAAUUCAUAUGUGCCCCUGCUCAUUCUUUUUUUCAAAAUCAGAAAUUUUUCUGAAAAUUCGAUUUAUUUAUGCUUUUUGGGUAAAUCGACCACGCUGAUCAUCAUCUGCUACUCAGUUUUUGAUAAAAUUGAUCGAGAAUUGAGUUAUGAUGUGUUUUAUGAGCCAAAUUUGUGAAUUUUCGAACUUUUGAGAGCCCAGAACUUUGCUCAGAGGUCCAUUGGGAGACUAAAAUUUUUAGGGCGUUCUUAUGGUCCCAAAAGCUGUCUCUGGACAAAAUUUCAUCAAGAUUUGAAGUGUUGAGUAAAAAAGGUUUCCUUGUUAGCUUUCAUUUUAUCAAAAACCCCAAUUUUUGGUCCAAAUAUCGAUUUUUUAAGUUCUUGCUACUAAAAUUAAUGAAAAUCCUUAAAUUUUGAGCUAGUAAGCCCAUUUUUAAGUUUCCUAACCUAAAAUUCAUCAAAAUGCUCAUUCUAGACCAAAAAAGCUCAAUUUUCAGCUUUCUUCCAGCCAAAAAAUCCCCAAAUUUUCAUUGCAGCCAUCACAUUUACCGUCUCAAUUCUCCACUCGAUUUUCGAAUUUCUCGCCUUCAAAAAUGACAUUCAAUUCUGGAAGGAGCGCAAAAAUUUGGCCGGAUUAUCAGUCAGAAGUGUUCUAUUCAACAUUUUCCAAUCGCUUAUCGUAUUUUUGUAUAUUUGUGAUAAUGAGACGAAUUAUGUGGUGAAAAUCAGUGUUGGUGUUGGAUUAUUGAUUGAAUGCUGGAAAAUUCCGAAAGUUUUGGAUAUUAAGGUACAUUUUGAUACCAAAUAUGGUUAUUUUUGACGAAAAAAAGUGUGCCAGCCUUGCAGAAAUGGGCGGAGCUUAGUUUUCUAAGCAUUUUGAUACCGAAUUCGCCUAUUUUUGAAAAAAAAACUGUGCCAGGCUUGCAGAAGUGGGCGGAGCUUAGUUUUCUCAACAUUUUGAUAUCAAAUAUGCCUAUUUUUGAAAAAAAAGUGUGCCAGGCUUGCAGAAGUGGGCGGAGCUUAGUCUUGAUACCACAUAAGCUCCUUCCCCUUUUCUGCGACCCUGACACGGUUUUUUAUAUUGAAAUUUCAACAAAAAAAGUGUGCCAGACUUGCAAAAAGGGGGCGUGGUCUGUUUUUUUUCAAUAUCCACGUCAUAGAUCAAUUUUCAACCAAAAUUUAUCAGAAAAUCUGCCUGAACCUUGAAAUUUCAGCAAAAACUUGGAUUUUUGACUGAAAAUCGAAAAAUUGCUGAAAUUUUCGGGUUCUCGCGCAGGGAAAUCUAUCGCCGAUUUUUUUUUUGAUUUUCUUGAUGACAAGCGAUGGCUCCUAGACACUUUCAAUGUGUGUCUAGGCACCAGCCCUUGAGAAACCAUUUGACAAGGGAUGGAUCCUAGAAAUCUAGAGUUGUCAAGGGAGGACGCCUAGACACCUUGAGAAACAAUCUGUCAAGCAAACGCGCCUAGACAUCUAAAUUAUGUCUCUAGGCGCCAGCCCUUGAAAAUACAUCUGUCAAGGGAUGGCCCCUAAGCACCCCCUCCCUCAUAAAAACCAAUUUUCAGCUAGACCACACGUCAAAAAUCCUCGGAAUCUUCCCAAAAAUCAAAUUCUCCGACAAAGGAACGUAUAUCGAAUCGGAAACUCGUCAAUUCGACGAAAUGGCUUUCAAAUAUCUCGGAAUGUUCCUUUUCCCAUGCCUUUUAGGCUACGCAAUCUAUUCCCUAAUUUAUUUGGAGCAAAAAGGAUGGUAUUCCUGGUUGCUCAACAUGUUCUAUGGAUAUUUGUUGACUUUCGGAUUCAUCACAAUGACACCGCAGCUCUUCAUUAAUUAUAAGCUGAAAAGUGUGGCGCAUUUACCGUGGCGUAUGUUGACCUAUAAAUUCAUCAACACUUUUAUCGAUGAUUUGUUCGCGUUUGUUAUCAAAAUGCCGUGGUUGUAUCGGAUUGGAUGUUUUCGCGAUGAUAUCAUCUUUUUGGUGAGUUUUUGAGCCGAAAUUCGAGAUUUUUGGGAAAUUCUGAGCAAAAAUUGGGUUUUCCGGGAAAAUUUGACGUAAAAAUGAAGUUUUCUGCUAAAAAUUAACCAAGGCAUGGUUUUGUGGGCGGAGCCUAAUGUUUUAAUUGAAAUUUUUUGGAUUUUUAGCAAAAAUUAACUCAGGGCACGGUUUAAUAGGCGGAGCCUAAUUUUUAGCUGAAAUAUUGCAGUUUUUCACUCAGAAUCCUUGUUUUUUGCUAAAAAUGACCCCAGGCACGGUUUUGUGGGCGGAGCCUAAUUUUUAAUGGAAAAUUUGCAGUUUUUUGACUUAAAAACUAAUUUUCCUGCAAAAAAUCGCCCAGGGCACGGUUUUGUGGGCGGAGCUUCAAAAAUUGAUUUUUCUCAACUUCAAAACUCGAUUUUUUCCAGAUCUACUUGUACCAAAAAUGGAUCUAUCGUGUCGAUUAUUCGCGCACCAACGAAUUUGGCGGAACUGGUGAAAACGCUGAAAAUCCUGCUGAAAUUUUGGCUGAAAAUUCGGAAACCCCGUCUGAAACCAAGAAAAAUCAAUAA